AUGAUGGCUGACCGCGGAAAUAAGGAAAAUCUGCAAAAAGAGGUUCCUGACAUUAUAACAGACGAAAAGACCGGCAAACGAUAUCUCAGGGGUAAAUUCUUGGGCAAGGGGGGUUUCGCACGUUGUUAUGAGUUGAAAGAUUUGGAUACGUCUGAGGUGUUCGCUGGAAAGGUGGUUGCCAAAGCGCUGCUGACCAAGAAACAUCAGAAGGACAAGAUGUCGCAAGAAAUUGCCAUUCAUCGAAGCCUUUCCCACAAACAUGUCGUGGCUUUUUACAGAUAUUUUGAUGACGCUGACAACGUCUACAUUUUGCUCGAAAUCUGCCGUCGUCGGUCGCUUAUGGAACUUCACAAAAGGCGCCAUGCUAUAACGGAGCCGGAAACCAGGUACUUCAUGAGGCAACUGAUCGAAGCUUGCAUUUAUCUGCAUGAAAACUAUGUUAUUCACCGCGAUCUGAAGCUUGGAAACCUUUUCUUGAACGACGACAUGGAUUUGAAAGUCGGCGAUUUCGGGUUGGCUACGAAACUAGAUUACGAAGGAGAGAGGAAAAAGACACUUUGCGGUACCCCAAAUUACAUUGCUCCAGAAAUGCUGGGUAAAAAAGGACACAGCUUUGAAGUUGACAUUUGGGCGAUCGGCUGCAUAGUAUUCACACUACUGGUCGGUCGACCACCGUUCGAAACAAAUUCUUUGAAAGAAACCUACAAUCGAAUAAAAAAGAACGAAUAUCAUUGUCCGAUGCGUAUUAGUGCCAGCGCUCGGCAGCUAAUCCAACGACUGCUGCAACCGGACCCGCAGAAUCGUCCUACAAUAAAGGAGCUGCUCGGUUUUGAAUUCUUCGUUUCCGGUUUCACACCCACCAGACUUCCGCCAAGCUGUCUAACAAUGGCGCCAAAGUUUCCUGUGGAUAUAACGGUUUCUGCUCUGGGGGUUGAACGAGUUCUGAGUCCUAUGCAGCAAGUAAGGAAAGACAUGCUAGCGGCCCCUUUCCGGGCCUUGAAUGUAGUGCCUGAAAAUUACGUUUUACCAAACGAGAAAGUUCAACAACAUUUUGAAAUGUCAGUUACGGGCAAAGAUGAAAUGCCGUUUGAUUGCUACCUUGGCCAGUUGUACAGACAGCUGAUCGAGCUGAUUCAUGCGGACCCAGUCAAAAAUGGAAUGAUCAGACAAGAGGAGGCUGAAGAUCCUGCUUCCGCUCCCAUAUUUUGGAUAAGUAAAUGGGUGGAUUACAGUGACAAGUACGGAAUCGGCUACCAAUUGUCAGACGACAGUUUUGGAGUAUUGUUCAACGAUGGCACUCGCUUAGUGUUGAACGCCGACGGAGUACAACUGCAGUUCAUUAAGCGUGACAACGCGGAAAUGUACUUCAGGAUGGAUGACUAUCCGGAGUCGCUGAAGAAGAAAUGCACUCUUCUGAAGUACUUCCAAAACUAUAUGAAUGACCAUCUAUUGAAAGCCGGAGGACAAUUAGUUCAUAGAGACGGAGACGAGCUUGCACGUCUUCCAUGCUUGAGGACUUGGUUCCGUACUCGAUCAGCAAUUGUGCUGCACUUGAACAAUGGUACCGUUCAGGUUAACUUCUUCCAAGAUCAUACUAAGCUGGUAAUGUGCCCACUGAUGGGCGCUGUCACGUAUAUGAACGAAAAUCGAGACUGCCAUACGUACAAGAUCUCGCUUCUUGCUGAACAUGGAUGUCAGCCUGAUCUCUUGUAA